AUUGCACAGAAACCAUCUGAUGGGAAGAAAGGGGCCGAGCGCAUCACGGGCUUCCUGGGGCUGCAGCCCCCGGCGCAGUUCCUCAUUCCCCUCGCACUCGGGCCUCAGGCUCGGUGGAGCUCAGCACUGGGGUCUUGGUGGCAGCGCUGAGGGGCCCCCCACUGCCCCAUCAUGGCGUCUGCGCUCACCGUCCUCCUUCUCAGUUUCUGGCUGGCCGGGUGGAGCGGGGUGUUCGGAGAGGGGUCCUACCCCAAACCCUCCAUCUCCGUCAGCCCCGGUGGGGUGAUCCCCGUGGGGGGAAACUUCACCAUCCGGUGUCGCCAUCAGCGCCUGGGCAUGAGGUUCCUCCUCUACAAGGCUGGAGCUGGGAACUAUCUGACUUACACAGACCCUGCCGGCUCUGAGGCUGAAUUUCCCAUCACCAGCGCCAGAUGGGAACACGGGGGCAGCUACACCUGUCGUUAUAGCAACAGAACAGGAAACGUUACCUACCCAGAGCCCAGUGACCCUGUGCAGAUCAUUGUAGCAGAUCCCAGCUUACCCAGACCCUCCAUCUCUCUGAGCCUCACUUCGGUCAACGCCUCAGGGGCAGAUGCCACCAUCCGGUGUCAGGGGCAGCGCCGGGACGUGAGGUUCUUCCUGCACAAGGCUGGAGACCUGAACCUGCAGCGACACAUGGACCCUGCUGGGGCCGGGGCCGAGUUCCGCAUCCCCAGCGUGGGCCGGCAGCACGGAGGGAGCUACAGCUGCAGUGGCUCAGAAUUGCCAUCACCUCCGGGUCUGACCAGCCCCAUCACCACCGGGGCGAGCGCGGCAGCUGCCGGCCUCCUCCUGCUUCUCCUCCUCGUGGCCUUCGUCUGCUUCAGAAAAACCCGAGCCAGUGAGUGCCCCGCCCAGCGAGGGAAGGGUUAA